UCUCACUCCCACUGCCUGGAGGUUUUCUCGAGAAGCGGAGCAGCAUCACCAGCGCCCCAGUUAUAAAGUCUGCACCCACCUCAGAUGCGCCCCUGACCCCUAAGACUAGGAUCAUGAAGCCCCCGCCCCUCCUGUUGCUGCUCUUGGCGAUCCUGGCGCUGACAGAGACCUGGGCGGGCUCCCACUCCCUGAGGUAUUUCUCCACCGCGAUGUCCCGGCCCGGCCUCGGGGAGCCCCGCUUCAUGGUCGUGGGGUACGUGGACGACACGCAGUUCGCGCGGUUCGACAGCGACGCGGCGGGGCCAAGGAUGGAGCCGCGGGCGCCCUGGGCGGAGCAGGAGGGGUCGGAGUACUGGGAGGGGGAGACGCGGACCUCAAAGGACAACGCACGGAUCUUCCAAGAGAACCUGCGCAUCCUGCGCGGCUACUACAACCAGAGCGUGGCAGGGUCUCACACCCUCCAGGAGAUGCACGGCUGCGAUGUGGGGUCCGACGGGCGCCUCCUCCUCGGGUACAGACAGUACGGCUACGAAGGCGCCGAUUACCUGGCCCUGAACGGGGACCUGCGCUCCUGGACCGCGGCGGACAUGGGGGCUCAGAUCUCCCGGCGCAAGUUGGAGGCGUCCGGGGAGGCGGAGCGCGUCAGGAACUACCUGGAGGGCAGGUGCGUGGAGUCGCUGCGCAGAUACUUGGAGCACGGGAAGGAGAUGCUGCAGCGCUCAGAUCCCCCAAAGAUACAUGUGACCCACCACCCCACCUCUGACCAUAAGGUCAUCCUGAGGUGCUGGGCCCUGGGCUUCUACCCUGCGGACAUCACCCUGACCUGGCAGCGAGAUGGGAAGGACCUGACCCAGGACACGGAGCUUAUGGAGACCAGGCAUGAGGGGGAUGGAAACUUCCAGAAGUGGGCGGCUGUGGUGGUGCCUUCUGGAGAGGAGCAGAGAUACACAUGCCAUGUGCAGCAUGAGGGGCUGCUGGAGCCCCGAGUCCUGACUUGGGUGCCCCCUCCUCAGUCCACUGCCCUCACCAUGGUCAUCAUUGCUGGCCUGGUCCUUCUUGGAGCUAAACUUGCUGGAGUUAUAGUGGCUGUAGCUGUGAUGUGGAGAAAGAAGCACUCAGGUGGACAAGGAGGAAGCUACACUCAGGCUCCAAGCAGUGCCAAUGCCCAGGGCUCCUAAAGGUGAGACCUUAGAGGCCUGCCGUAGGAGGAGCUGGGGCAGAUAGGAUGAGACCAGGUUAUGGGGAAGCUGUGAAGAGGACCUUCUGAGGAUGCAGUGGACUAUUGAGAAUGUCAACACUUACAUGAUUCCCUGAAUUUGUUCAUGGUUAUUUUCUUUCAUAGGGUAAGACAGCUGCCUUGUGGGGACUGAGUGAUGCAGGGUUUCUUCUCUUCUCCACUUUGUGACUUCAGUAUCCCCUAGUUUUCACUGCUGAAAUGGCAUCUGAAUUUUCUGUUUUUACUAGCAUAAUGUGAGGAGGUGGGGAGACUGGCCCAGCCCUGCCCACCAAGACUCUUCCCACACUAACCUAUGACUUUCCUGCUCCAGCAGAGGCAGGGCUGACUUCAUCUCUGCCUGUACAUCAUGUUUUUCUGAGAAAUAAUAUUACUUCCCUACUGAAAAUAAUAAUAAUCCAGAUAUGAAAUUAUUUUUCUUGCCUUGUCAUGUGGGGGUGAUGGGUUAAUUAGGAAGAUUCCUAAAAAUUGAGAAUAAAGAAAAGUCCUGAGGA